AUAAAUAUCAGAUCUUCUCAGUACUUCAUGUAGUGAGAGGCCUGAUCAAUAUUAGAGUCAGUCCUAUCUACACAGCUGCCUUUUACUUGUCUGGUUAAUAUUUUUUAUCUGUUCACUUUCAGUGCCAGUCUCUGGUUUCUGUACAAUUUCAGCUGUUUUGACCAUGUCACGCAAGCUCCAUACACCAAGGACCGAGGCAAUCAACAAGCACAUGUGGUUGGAAUUUACCCAACUAGCUGCUGAGUACAAAGCAGUGAACCUGGGCCAUGGACUCCCUGACUUCCCUCCCCCCAGUUUUGUCAAGGAGGCUCUUUGCAAUGUCGUCACUGGGGGCAAUAGUAUACACCAAUACACACGCAUCCUUGGCCAUCCACCUCUUGUAAAGAUCCUUGCCAAAUUCUUUGGGAGGAUUUUGGGCCUGGAAAUAGAUCCCAUGCAGGACGUGCUGGUUACUGUGGGAGCCUAUGGAGCCCUUUUCUGUGCGAUUCAGGCUCUGAUUGCUGAAGGUGAUGAAGUAAUUAUCAUGGAACCUUUCUUUGACUGCUAUAAGUCCAUGACAGUAACGGCAGGAGGAAAACCUGUCUACGUGCCCCUCAGACCUCUAAAGGUCACUGGUCCAACUUUGACCAGUGCUGAUUGGGUGUUGUGUCCUGAAGAGCUGGCCAGUAAAUUUACCUCUCAUACAAAAGCUAUCAUCAUUAACAAUCCCAAUAAUCCAUUAGGCAAGGUAUUUCAGAGGGAAGAGUUGCAGAUGAUAGCUGACCUGUGUAUAAAGCAUGAUGUUAUUUGCAUCAGUGAUGAGGUGUAUGAGUGGCUAACAUAUGAUGGAACACAACAUAUAAAAAUAGCUAGUUUUGCUGGUAUGUGGGAGCGCACUGUCACUAUUGGGAGUGCAGGCAAGAGCUUUAGUGCCACAGGAUGGAAGUUGGGCUGGGCAAUAGGAGCAGGACACAUCCUUAAACACCUGCAAAGCAUUCAUCAGAACUCUGUAUACCACUGUCCCACUCCUACUCAGGAGGCUCUAGCACUGUGUUUCCAGAGAGAAUACAACAUGUUUGGCACAGAAGAAAGCUACUUUAGACAGUUACCAAAGCAGCUCCAAGCUAAAUGCCAAAGGCUAGCCAACUGUAUGAGUAGUGUGGGGCUGCAGCCCAUCAUGCCUGAGGGUGGCUACUUUAUGAUGAUGGACAUCUCCAACCUGAAGGUUGACCUAAAUGACCUAAAUACUAAGGAUGAACUCUAUGACAGCAGAUUUGUCAAGUGGCUUAUUAAAAAGAAGGGUUUGGACACUAUCCCUGUAUCUGCAUUUUUCAGCCUGGAACAAAGAACACACUUCCAAAAUUACAUUAGAGUCUGCUUUGUCAAGGAUGAUUCAACCCUGGAUGCAGUAGAAGACAUUCUAAAACAGUGGAAUGAUUAUAUCAAAAUGGGAUAAAACUAAUUCUGUUCAAAAAAAUAAUUGCAUAGCAUGUCUGAGUCAAACUGGAAUAUAGUCUCCCAAGCAAGCCUGACUCAGCUCACAUUAAUCACAGUAGAGGAAUCUAAGCUUUUAAAUGAAAUACGUAUUGGGGGAUGUGGGAAAUUCAGCAGUCUUAUUGUGUUUUAUCCAUACUUAAAACCUUUUUUAUCCAUAAUUUUACAGUUUAGGGCAAAUGUUUGGAUCCCCCAUUGUUUCUGGAUGAAAAAGGAAAAUGUUACCUCUAUUUUACAGUUAAUCCACAAAAAACCCUGCAGCAAAAGAGCAAUUUAAAACAUAAGGCAUAAACAACAGAAAAAAAUAGUCUAGUUAAAUGGUUUAACCAAAAGCAACAAGAAAAAUUAUUGUCAUGUCACUCCUUCUGCUAGUGAUUGACAUCUAGUAGUGUUAUAACAGAUAUAUUAGAAAGAGUGCAGGGACAAAUAUUACUGAGAGGAUAGAAAAGCUGCUCAGAGGAUACAACAAAGGGUGGAGGCAGUUACAAAGGCAAACAGCAAGCAUAGAAAUAAUUAGAGAAUAUUUAUAUCACAUUCAGAAGAGGAGAUUGAACUGAUUUUGAUUUUUUUUUUUUGACUUAUUACUAUCUAACAUGCAUGAUUAACAAACCAUAUUUGUUACUAGUGAUAAUCACAGAACAUGUAACACACAUUAAGUGUGUUGGUUAAGACUUAUUGCUUCAUCUCUCUCUUUAACUAAUUGUAUGCAAACUUUUGCAGUCAACUGUAUGCAAUUUUUGGCUCAAAAUCAAAAUUCAGAUCCAGUAUUAACAUUUACAUUUGCUGUUGUCGUUUACAUUUGGAUUUGGGAACUUCAUGGUUUUAUUUAAAUGGAAUGCAACCUGGUCGAAUAAAAGGUAUAUUAAUUGAACCCCACACUGAAUAUAUUUACUGGAAAUAUGCAUUAAUGGUCUCAAAAUAAUAUUUGAGAUGCUAAAUACUCUCUAGGUGCGAAUGACACAAGCAUUAUUAAAGGGAGAAGGGACUUGUUUUUCUUUCUUUUUAAUGCUUAACAUGUUACUGAAUAAAUCUGUUGCUAUUUUUAACUCUUUGAAAACAAUAUAAUUUUAUGUUUGUCAAUAAGUCAUGAUGUGGGCUUAUUUGAAACACACAUGGACUUAAAUGGUGCCAUAGCUCCAAUUAAGCCCAUGCCAGACUUUUGACUUACUGAUCAGCAAUAACAUUAAAAUUACCUGCCUAAUAUUGUGUAGGUCCCCUUUGUGCUGCCAAAACAGCUCUGACCCGUCGAGGCAUGGACUCCACAAGACCUCUGAAGGUGUGCUGUGGUAUCCGGCACCAACACGUUAGCAGCAGAUCCUUUAAGUCCUGUAAGUAGUGAGGUGGGGCCUCCAUAGAUUGGACUUGUUUGUCCAGCACAUCCCACAGAUACUCGAUUGGAUUAAGAUCUGGGGAAUUUGAAGGCCAGGUCAACACCUUGAACUCUUUGGCAUGUUCCUAAAGCCAUCCUGAACAAUUUUUGCAGUGUGGCUGGGUGCAUUAUCCUGCUGAAAGAGGCCACUGCCAUUAGGGAAUACCAUUACCAUGAAGGGGUGUAUUUGGUCUAUAACAAUGUUUAGGUAGGUGGUACGUGUCAUAGUAAAAUCCACAUGAAUGCCAGGACCCAAGGUUUCCCAGCAAAACAUUUACCAUUUCCUGGUACCAUUUCUUCCCAGGUAAGCGACACACACAACUGGCCAUCCACAUGAUGUAAAAUAAAACAU